CGAGGGGGGAUGAGCUGGAGUGAUGGGAGAGGCCUCAGAGAAGCAGACUUUGUUUCUGCUUCAAGGACUUUCUAAUCUGGUUAGAAGAACAGGAUUGGUAAACAGAUCUCUAGAAUAUGAGACAGGCCACACGCUGUACCAUGAGAAAGAGAUGAUGGAACCUUCAGGACCAGCACUCAGGGACAUCUUUUGGCAGAAAGAUGGGUGGGGAAAAUGAGGCACAAAGAGACCACUAAGCAGAGUCGGUGGCUGAACUGGUUUUGAACCCUGGCAGCCUGGCUAGAGCCCACACUCUCAUUUACUAAAUUACAGCCAACACCAUGGUUACGCGGAUGGCAGAGAGGACUGUGCUGGAUGUUGGAGAUGCAAAGAUGCCCUUAAGAGCUUCUGGUCAGACAGAGUUCUGGUUCCGGAAGGCCCUUGCCAGGUGCCUCGGGCCUUGCUCCCACCUGGGCGCAAGGCGGUGCUGAAGACAUGGGCAUGAGCACCCCCCUGUGCCUGGGGCAGCUGGACAUCCGCAAAAGUAUAGUGGGCCUGGCCAUGGGUGCCGGGGCCAUCUACCUGCUCUACAAGGCCAUCAAGGCCGGCAUAAAAUGCCAGCCACCCCUCUGCAGCAACUCGCCCAUCUGCAUCGCCCGCCUGGCAAUCGAACGAGAACGGCACGGGCGGGACUCAGGUGAGCUCCGGAGGCUCCUCAACUCUUUGGAGUGCAAACAGGAUGAGUACGCCAAGAGCAUGAUCCUGCACAGUAUCACGCGCUGUGUGUACUUGCUGGAGGCCGAGGCCUCUGCUUGUACUACUGAUGACAUCGUGUUGGUGGGCUCCAUGCUGGAUGACAAGGACAACAGUGUCAAAAUCCAAGCUCUGAACACACUUAAAGCUUUCUCUGGCAUCAGAAAAUUCAGGCUCAAAAUCCAGGAGCAGUCCAUCAAGGUACUGGAACUGGUCUCCACCAUCUGGGACUCAGAGCUGCACAUCGCAGGCCUCAGACUCCUCAACAACCUCCCACUGCCCGACUUUGUGCAUCCACAACUGCGACGGGUGAUGCCUGCCUUGAUGGAUAUCCUGCAGUCAGACUACAUCCUGGCACAGGUGCAAGCUGUACGAUUGCUGAGUUACCUAGCACAGAAGAACGACCUUCUCUAUGAUAUUCUCAACUGCCAGGUGCGCUCCAACUUCCUGAACCUGUUCCAGUCCACACAGCCGGGGAGUCUGCUGUUCGAGAUACUGGUGUUUGCUGAGCGGCUGAGCGAGGGCCAGAAUUCACCCCACUACCGUGCCGUGAAAUGGCAUUACAAUGAACAGUCUCUGCAUGAAGCUCUCUUUGGGGAUGAGUCACGACUGGCAGACCGGCUGCUCGCCCUGGUCAUCCACCCCGAGGAGGAGGUUCAGAUUCAGGCCUGCAAGGUCAUAGUCAGCCUGCAGUGCCCCCAGGACGUGAGAGUCCGGCCCUCCUGCCAGCCCAGCCAUUCCUACUUUAAUAACGGGGAAUAAAAGAGAGCCAAUAAAUGAGUAUGGGAGAGAA